AUGACGCCAUUAUCUAACAAACGCACAUUCUCAGAGGCGCUCAAGAAUACCAGUUCACAUGACUUGUUCGUUGUGCGCAAUCUUAAAGAGAGCAAGCCGCCACUGAGCAGUCGUUGUCUGCCAAGAAAGACUGCCUUUGAGUUACCUAGUCCAGAUACCAACUGCGAUAGUGCAGAGAGUGACACUUCGAUAAAUAUAGAAAGCGGCAUACAGAGCUCGCCUUACAAUGGCCAAUCUCAGUUUGCCACUGCAAAUGGUCUCUUCCCGAGAGAUAAUUCAACUGCUGCCCCCUUUUCAACGGAUGAAGACGAUGACGCCUUUGUGGACUCUUUCAAUACAGUCCAUGAUUUGGAGAAUUACAGAUUCUCUGUGGAACGGAGGAGGACACUGUCUCGUCCAGGAUCGUUUUCCAUCCCAUCAAGAAGAAACGUCGUCUCAAAGACUGACUUGGUAGCCAGGGAAAGAUGUUUCGACUACAUUGUCCAAUCCAUAGAUGAGGUAUGGGCCAGGUACUGUGAUACAACCGCAUGUGCUGAGGCUGAAGCCUAUGGUGACUGGAAUACAAUGAAGAGAAGAAAGCUGUCUUCCAGCUCCAGAAGCUGUCCUGAAAUGUCUACCAUGACAUCGCUCGCAUCUCUCUCUCACAAACCUCUCAGAUUAUCCGAAGGUGAAGAAAGCGAGGAAUCCGAUCAAGACGAAGCCAAUAGCGGCUACAAGUCAGAGGGGACGAAUAUUACUGAGUACGAAACAGAUUCAAGCGAAUACCGUAUGGUUUCGAAGUUGCCAGACUCUGUGAAAUUAGAAUCUCUUAAAUGCAGAUUAACCAAAGCCAAAAACUACUUGGAACAAUUCUAUGACUCGGACGACUAUGCUGACUGUAUCGCGUUCUGGAAACGCUGGGAUAUGAUCAAAUAUAGUGCAGUCGAGGUUAUGGAGGACGAUGACGAUGAUGAGGUCGUAGAACAUGCAUUGAAAGAGCUAGAAGAGGGGAGAUGCUUUAUAGAUUAA